AUGAUAUUAUUCAUCAUAAUUUUAAUUCGUUCUGCUAUUAAUCCUCACAACAAUUUUGUGUGGUUUUUAGAAGUGUUACCAGCACUAAUUGGAGUUGGUCUUUUGAUUUAUUUUUAUCCUACUUUUAAAUUUACUAAUUUACUUUACGUACUUGUAUUCUUACAUUGUACUGUUCUCAUUGUCGGUGGUCAUUAUACUUACGCCGAGGUACCAUUAUUCGAUUAUCUACGAAAUCUGUUCCAUUUAAAACGAAAUAAUUUCGAUAAAGUUGGACAUUUUGCACAAGGUUUUGUUCCUGUAUUAAUCGUACGUGAAAUAUUUUAUAGGCAAAAGAUUGUUUUAAAACGAAAUUGGCUCUCGUUUAUAUGUGUAUCAGUAACAUUAUCAUUUUCUGCCGUUUAUGAAUUGAUAGAAUGGUUUGUAGCAAGUGUUACAGGAGAGUCAGCUGAUGCUUUUCUGGGUUCUCAAGGUGAUGUAUGGGAUACUCAAAGCGAUAUGCUCAUGUGCCUAAUUGGAUCGGUGAUCUCAUUAAUAUGUCUUUCACGUAUACAUGACAAACAAAUGGAAAAAGUGAAAUUACUUAAUAAAAAUACUGAAGAUUAA